AUGGCCGCAUCGGGCCCCGUGAUGCCCACUAGCGCCACCAGUAGGUCGUCCAAGGCGGCGGCAGGCGGCCACGGCAACGGCAUUGGCAGCACCAGUGGCGCGGGCUUAUGGCUGGCGAGUGGAGACCCUACUGCUGGGCAGCCUUUAGCCAAGGCAGAGCAGACCAAGUCAGCAACCUCUGGGUCAACCUCUACCACGUCGCCCCCGCGUCGAACGUACCACAUUCAGGCAGAUGCUGCGACCGUCAGCGCACACGCGAGUGGACUUGGAGCCGCAGAAUGGGAUCUUCUCUCACGAGGCCUCGGGCGCAUGGCGAGCAGCAACGAUGCGUCCUCGUCCAAGGAUAGCGACCCCGUAGACCUCGACUUGAGCUUCGACUUUGUCAGCCAGCUCGAGUCGUCAAGGAGAUACCGCCCCGACAUUGGGUCGUCUUCGUCAUCGUCAUUGACCGCACAGCCCACCUCGUCUGCCAGGCCCCGCGGCAUGUCCGACUCCAUCUCUGCCUCUCGCAGGAAACCUCCUAAACCACUGUCUUUGCUCAAAAAGGCUUCCCAGGCUACCUUCAAGACGCUGUCUAGCAACGGCGAUGACGAAGAUGGUGAACUCGCGAGCUCCUCUACGCUGCCCAUCGAGCCUCUCAGCGCUUCACGCCGUGGCAUCGACUCAGCCCUCUCGCCGCCAGCCACUGCGAAUACUUUCGGCCGUCCGAGAUCGCGGACGUUGAGCAAUACGCUUCCUCCGGCCAGCCAACCCCCGACAACACCCUUGCCGCCCAUACCCUCGCCGACCACCGUCGAUUCCCCUUCUUCUACCAGCCUGGACCUGGUAAAACAGCAAAGGAACAAGCGUGCGGAAGAGCAACUGAGGGAGAGGAUGCAGAGAGAUAGCUACAUGCGCCAGCCCAUCUCACCAUCAGCUCAGCCGCCUCUGAUGACUCCAGCCAUGCCAUCGUUUAACAUUGUCGAACCGCCUCAAGCGCCGCGGAAGGCGUCCGCCUCCUCGAGCAGAAGCAGAGAAGACGUCGCUGAAAACUCCGAAGAGCUGACAUGCUCCAACGCGCUUAGGCUCGAAGGGGUUGCACCCAUCUCUCCGACGCCCUACGGAGCAGAGGCCUCUGCGAUCGAACUCGAUGAUUCACCCACUGUCGAGCAGGCUACCGGACCCAAAUCAACGCAGCUCAACUCCAGCCCGAUGACAGACGCUGGCAGUACCCCUGGCACCAUCUUCUCGUCCCUCUUUGACGGUCGUAGCGCUGGGCCGGGCAGCGAGAUCUCUCGCGGCACAUCAGUCGCAGAGGAGCGUCGAUCUACUGGGAUGAAGCUGCUCGAGCACGGUGGCGGCGUGCCCAUGUCACGCGGCAAUACCGCUCCCGUUGAUCAGGCCAUUGACGAGGUAGACGAGGAGACGACGGCCGAGAUGAAGAAACGUCAUCCCGUCAAUCAGGGACUGAGUCGCAGCGAGACGGCAGACUGGAUCCGCUCACAGAGUGUGGCGCUGCACUCCGAGCCCCGCGAGAGGCAGGGGACGGCAACUAGCUACGAGACGGCUUCUUCGGCUGCGGAAGUUCAGCAAAUGGUCUUGAGCACCAGCUCCAGCUCCAGCCAGGAAAACAAAGUCUCUGCCCCUUUCCUGCCUCGUCUGCCGGAGAGCACCCUCACAAGGAAGGGACCAUGGCCCAAGAGCCCUCUGCUCCUCCAACACCCAGCGCUGGCUGACAGUGAAUCAGUGUCACCAGUUGACGAAGGCUUGCAGCAGUCCGAGAGCGGUAUUGGUCUGGGGCUCUUCUUCAGCGAGCAAGAGGUAGCGCAGGGCGACAGGAAGCUAGAUAGCGUCCCCACCGUUGGCGAGGCUCGACGCGAGAGUGGUACACUUGACCCGCUGCCAAGCGUAGCAGAGCAAGAGCAGCCGUCCGUCGCGGUUCACCACGUGCAACUCGCUGCUGAGAAUGCCACCUUCGCGCAGAAGCAGGUCUUGCCGUCCGGAAGCAUCUCAUCAAGCAUCGAUGGGUUCGCGUGCAAUGUCACACCGUCGCUGCCUCAAGGACUGUCGCAGCAAGCGGCCGAGGCGAGCUCGUCUUCUCGCUUUGGCUCCAAGCUCUGGAAAGUCGUCGUUGAAGGCCAAGGCAAGGACCGCAAGUCAUCUUUGUCCAUGGCUGAGACGCCUCUGACACCACCGAUCCGCCAGCUGACUCUGGUCAAGCGCAAUGAGGCCGAGGUCUUCCGCAGCCAGAGGGCAUCGUCCGCUCGUCGUCAAAGCAUGGACCUCAGCAAGCUGGCCGCGGCGAAAGCGGCCGUCGAUGCCCAUUUGGAGACUGUACGAGCGCCUUCCACUGCUCCUAUCCCUGAUGCUCCGACUUUCCCUACCACGGCAGCAGUUCCCGUGGCCUUUGAGAAGAGUCGCCGCUCCGCCAAGCACGUUCGUCGAGUUUCACGCCUUCAAUACAUUACCGACAACCGCAAGGAGGUCCGCCUCGACAUCCCCGGCUCUGAAGACGAUCAGCUCGCCGAGCUUAAGUCACCACGACCAGCGCCAAGCCCAUCCGGCGAGACGCCCGACAUGCUCUACGGUAAUGCACGGUCUCGCCACUCCUGGGGGCUGCUUCCUCACGCGAGAGCCGCAGCGACGCCCGUCGAGCAGCAGCAAGGAGGUCCGCGGGUCUCUUCGCCCGUGUCACCUCUACUGGACUUCUACGAUGAUGGAAGGGGUUUGCGAGCCACGCAAGAGCGUGCUGAACUUCUGGAGAAGACGAGCACGAAUCCUUCGCACCGCACCACAGCCAGCCUUGAUGGUGAUCACGCUGCAUCUCUCCUGCGCAGGCGCUCUGGCCUCGAACGCCCCUCGAUGACCUCUCCUUCGCCAACGGCCGUCAUCCGACCGUUCUCCCUGCGUAGCGGCAUCAACAAGCGCGCCAGCUUACAAGCAGAGAUUGCAUCUCGAGACGGCGUCAAGCUAGCGCAAGUUGAAGAAGAGGAGCAUGAGAUGAGCCUCCGUAGACUGCGCAACAUGGGUGACCAGCUGCCGGAGCAAGAGAACGCGACGAGGAUGAGCGUCUUCGUGCCGCUCACCACGCUGCAGGCUCACUUACGCAACAAACGCAUUGCCAAUCUACAAGCUCGCGCUGGCAUUGAGCCCACGAUGAGGAAGAACGUCCGCACGGCCGCGCACGAGCCUCGCCCGAUGAUCGUAGCUGGUUCCAACUUGCAAUACUCGGCAGGGAAGCUCCUCGAUGUCGACCAGCCUGCUCGCGCCCUCUUCUUUGCUGGCUUCCUCUGCAUGCCCUGGCUUUGGCUCAUAGGAGGCUGGUGGCUGGCAAAGGACGGUUCCAUGCUCACGCCUGGCGCAGAACGUGUUGAAUUUUGGCGUCAUCAGCCUAGCAUGGAGGCAGCACAGAAGAAGGCGCAUGAGCAAGAGAAGUCGCCCCCGACCAAAGACGAGGAGCGCUUCGCUCGCGUGCCUUCGCCUGAGCCUGAGCUCAUCGAAGCAGGUCCCGCGGCAGCUACGAGCGGCACCUUCUCUUAUCUUUCUCUUCAAUCCGCGCGAAGCCAACCAACGCAUGAUACGCAUCGCUCUCACCCUCACCCACCUCGGGUCCUUCUGCAGGGAGACCCGGCCAAGCUGCCGAAAAAGGGUCGUCGCUCCGUCCGCGGUGCCUUACAGCCUAACCCGGAGGUGGCCCUCUUUCAGUCUCCGGUCCGCACGUCGGCCAUUCCUACUAAUGCCUACGCAUCCAGCGUCGAAGACCUAGCAAGCACCGUUGGGCGCAGCACCCGUCGUCCCUUUGCCUCUUCGAGACUGGCCUCCGACCUCGAACUCGAGGACAGCGAACAAGACGACUCGGGCGUCGAACUCUCUCAUUUUGAGGACAGCCGUCAUGAGCCCAACGAAGCUGAGGAAGAGCCUCCCAUUGCCGCCACUCCCAAGCAUUCCUCCCUCUACCUCUCCAGCCAGCGACGCGCAGUCUACCGCGGCUCCAUGCUCUUCGACGUCGUCGACGGGUCGGUGCUUCAAGCCAACGAGACGAACUUCAUGCAGCGCAUAACAGCGACGGAGAAGUACGUUCUGAUGAACCGCUUCAUGGCCGUCGUUGCCACCCUCAGCGCCUUUGCUGGCAUGGGCAUCGCACUCAAUGCCGUCGCGACGGGUUUUUGA